ACCAACACAACCGGCUUGGCUUCGACGCUUGUCGGCGGGCAUAUAAAAGCCACGCCGGCCGCUCUCUUACCUCAGUCCACUUGAGAGGUUCGUCAGCUCGCGAUAUCCGUGGUAUCCGGCCCAUUGUCUUCAGAUUUCAGUGACGAAGUAAGCAAGAGGAAGUCAACAUGCCAAACUACAAAGUGAUCUACUUCAAUGUUAAGGCUCUGGCCGAGCCUCUUCGUUUCCUCUUGGCCUAUGGUGGCAUUGAAUUCGAGGAUCUGCGUGUAUCACGCGAAGAGUGGCCCACCCUCAAGUCCUCCAUGCCGAUGGGCCAGAUGCCCGUGCUGGAAGUGGACGGACGACGAGUUCACCAGAGCAUUUCGAUGGCGCGCUACCUGGCGAAGCAAGUGGGUCUCGUUGGGGCGGACGCGUGGGAGGACAUGCAGAUCGACAUUGUGGUGGACACAAUCAAUGACUUCCGCCUCAAGAUCGCCGUCGUCUCGUACGAGCCCGAUGAUGAUGUGAAGGAGAAGAAGCUGGUCACACUCAACAACGAAGUCAUUCCCUUCUACCUGGAGAAGCUGGACGUGAUCGCCAGGGAGAACAAGGGACACUUCGCCCUCGGCAAGCUCACGUGGGCCGACCUGUACUUCGCCGGCAUCAUCGACUACCUCAACUACAUGACCAAGACCGACCUCACGGAGAAGUACCCCAACCUCAAGGCCGUGGUGGACAACGUGCUGGCCAUCGAGAGCAUCAAGGCCUGGGUGGAGAAGCGACCCGUCACCGAAGUCUAAUCAUCCCCGCACUAAACCUGGCCUCAGCACCCCGAAUCCCAGCACCUCAACAUUAAUGCCGCCCCCGUUUUUACGAAUAACAUCACACUCAGUAAUAUUGUUGCCGGAAGGAAAUAAAGGCCUUUCUUUCAGUUUUCGGUGCUAAA